AUGUCCAACGCCAACCCUACCAUGCCUAAGCUCGACGACAACAACACUGACGGCUCCUCCGUCGACUCCCGCGGCCGUCGCCGCCGCAGAAACAAGGGCGCCCUCCAGAAGCAGGGCGGUCUUGCCGGCCCUCAGACCCUUCCCCGUCUGGCCGACACCAAGCCCGUCCGUCUCCAGCUUGGCUUGAACCUCGAUGUCGAGCUCGAGCUGAAGGCUAGACUGCAGGGCGAUGUCUCGCUUACUCUUCUGUAA